CAAUCUCCUCUUACUUGCAGAUUCAGGAUUCUUAAGGACAUUGGAUUCCAGUAUUAAGCGCAACACUGCAGUUAUUAAGAAGCUGAAGCAGAUCAAUGAGGAACAGCGUGAAUCUCUGAUGGAUGAGUUGAGAAGUGUCAACUUAAGCAAAUUUGUAAGUGAAGCCGUGACUGCAAUAUGUGAUGCCAAACUUAGAAGUUCUGAUAUACAAGCUGCAGUUCAGAUUUGUUCUUUGCUUCAUCAAAGGUACAAGGACUUCGCACCAAGCCUGAUUCAAGGGCUUCUCAAAGUCUUCUCUCCUGGAAAGCCUGGUGAUGAGUCAGACGCUGAUAGAAACUUGAAGGCAAUGAAGAAGCGCAGCACCCUGAAACUUCUAUUGGAACUUUUCUUUGUUGGAGUUAUUGAAGAUGGUGGCAUUUUUAUAAAUAUCAUAAAAGAUCUUACGAAUGGGGAACAGCUGAAAGAUCGGGAUGCUGCACAAACAAGUUUGACCCUUCUUUCUAGUUUUGCUCGUCAGGGGAGAAUUUUUCUUGGACUCUCUGUUAGUGGGCCGGAAAUUCAUGAAGAGUUUUUUAAAGGCCUUAACAUCACAGCCGAUCAGAAGAAAGUUUUCCGGAAAGCAUGCUAUUCCUUUUAUGAUGCUUCUGCUGAACUACUUCAGUCUGAGCAUUCUUCACUUCGAUUAAUGGAGCAUGAAAAUUCAAAGAUUUUGAACGCAAAAGGAGAGCUUAGUGAUGAAAAUAUUGCUUCAUAUGAAAAGCUUCGUAAAUCCUAUGACCAUUUAUACAGAAAUGUUUCAUCAUUAGCAGAAGCACUUGAUAUGCAGCCUCCUGUAAUGCCAGAGGAUGGACACACGACUAGGGUUACCAGUGGUGAGGAGGGUAUUUCUUCUGCUUCUGGUAAAGAUUCUUCUGCUGUUGAACCAAUAUGGGAUGAUGAAGAUACAAGGACUUUCUAUGAAUGUUUACCUGAUCUUAGAGCGUUUGUUCCUGCUGUGCUUUUGGGAGAAACAGAGCCAAAAAGCAGUGAUCAAUCUGCAAAGGGUCAAGACCAACCAACUGAAAUAGUACCUGAAUCAGACAAAGGUCAACAGACCACCCAUGAAAGUGGAGAGAUCUCUAUAGAGUCUAAUGCUUUGCCAGAGGCAGAAAGCACAGAAAGAGUGAAGGAGAAGGAAGAAAAAGAAAAGUCUAAAGAAUUGGACAGAGAGAAGGAAAAAGAAAAAGAUAAUGAUAAAAAGGGGGAAAAUGAAAAAGACAAACUCAGAAGUCUUGAAGGGACAAAUUUGGAUGCUCUACUGCAGAGGCUUCCUGGUUGUGUGAGCCGGGACCUUAUAGAUCAAUUAACUGUUGAGUUCUGUUAUCUGAAUUCAAAAUCAAAUCGAAAAAAGCUUGUGAGGGCUCUGUUCAAUGUGCCAAGGACAUCUCUAGAACUGUUAGCAUAUUAUUCACGCAUGGUUGCCACACUCUCAACUUGUAUGAAGGAUGUCUCCUCCAUUUUGUUACAAAUGCUGGAGGAGGAAUUCAAUUUCUUAAUAAAUAAAAAGGACCAGAUGAACAUUGAGACAAAGAUAAGGAACAUCAGGUUCAUUGGAGAACUUUGCAAGUUCAAAAUUGCUUCUCCUGGCCUAGUUUUCAGUUGUUUGAAGGCCUGUUUAGAUGAUUUUACACAUCACAACAUUGAUGUAGCUUGCAAUCUUCUUGAAACAUGUGGCCGUUUUCUGUAUCGGUCUCCAGAAACUAGUAUAAGAAUGAGUAACAUGUUGGAGAUACUGAUGCGCUUGAAAAAUGUAAAAAAUUUGGAUCCGAGACAUAGCACUUUAGUGGAGAAUGCAUACUACCUUUGCAAACCACCAGAAAGAUCUGCACGAGUAGCUAAAGUUCGUCCUCCAUUGCAUCAGUAUAUCAGAAAAUUACUUUUCUCUGAUCUUGACAAGUCUACCAUUGAGCAUGUGCUGAGGCAACUGCGUAAAUUACCCUGGAAUGAAUGCGAGACAUAUCUUUUGAAGUGCUUCAUGAAGGUCUACAAAGGAAAAUAUGGUCAGAUCCACCUCAUUGCAUCUCUUGCUGCUGGAUUAAGUCGCUAUCAUGAUGAAUUUGCUGUAGCUAUUGUUGAUGAGGUUCUUGAGGAGAUUAGAGUUGGGCUGGAGUUAAAUGACUACAGUAUGCAGCAAAGACGCAUUGCUUACAUGCGAUUUUUAGGGGAGCUUUACAACUAUGAGCAUGUAGACUCUUCUGUUAUUUUUGAGACACUUUAUCUCAUUCUCGUCUAUGGUCAUGGGACAUCAGAGCAAGAUGUACUUGAUCCACCUGAAGAUUGUUUUCGCAUAAGGUUGAUCAUUACUCUACUUGAAACUUGUGGGCAUUACUUUGAUCGUGGCUCUUCUAAGAGGAAACUUGAUCGGUUCCUAAUACACUUCCAGAGGUAUAUUUUAAGCAAAGGAGCACUACCUCUGGACAUUGAAUUUGACUUACAGGAUCUGUUUGCGGACUUACGACCCAAUAUGGCUCGUUACACUUCUAUUGAAGAAGUGAAUGCAGCUCUAGUAGAACUUGAGGAACAUGAUCGGAUAGUUUCUGCUGAUAAGGCUAGUGGUGAAAAACAUUCUGACAAUGAGAAGUCUUCAAGUAGGACCACUUCCACUACUACUGUGGUUGGCAAUGGACAGAGAAUUGAUAAUGGUACGGAGGAAAAUGGAGUGCAAGAUGAUGUUAAUGACAGUGAGACUGAUUCAGGGAGUGACACAAUUGAUGUAGAGGGUCAUGAUGAUGAAGAGUUGGAUGAAGAGAAUCAAGAUGAUGGCUGUGAAACUGAGGAUGAUGAAGAUGAUGACGAUGAUGGGCCUGGACCUGCUACCGAUGAGGAGGAUGAAGUGCAUGUGAGACAAAAAGUGACGGAGGUGGACCCUCUGGAAGAGGCUGAUUUCGAUCAGGAGCUCAAGGCUGUAGUGCAGGAGAGUAUGGAACAAAGAAGGCAAGAACUACGGGGUCGUCCUACAUUGAACAUGAUGAUUCCAAUGAAUGUCUUUGAGGGAUCAACCAAGGAUCACCACGGGAGGGGAGUUAGUGGGGAAAGUGGUGAUGAGGAAUUGGACAAGGAUACUGGUGGAAACAAAGAGGUUCAGGUGAGAGUUCUUGUGAAGCGUGGAAACAAGCAGCAAACAAAGCAGAUGUUCAUCCCUCGGAAUUCCUCACUGGUGCAGAGUACAAAACAGAAAGAAGCAGCCGAGCUUCAAGAGAAAGAAGACAUCAAGAGGCUUGUUUUGGAGUAUAAUGACAGAGAAGAGGAGGAGCUUAAUGGAUUAGGGACCCAGCCAGCAAACUGGAUGCAGAGUGUAGGUAACAAGACUGGUGGCCGUGGUAGCACUUUGGAAGGAAACAGUGGCAGGGGUAGUGGAUCAAGACAUCGACAUCAUAACUAUUCUGGCAGUGGAAUAUAUUAUAGCAGAAGAAAGUGAAUACAGAAGGCAGAUAUUUGAUGCCUUCUUCUUCCUCUCUGCAUGACAAGUAUCUGGAAACAAAGUUCAUCGGAUAUUCCUUAGUAUGGCCUAGCCUUGUCUUUUGCCUCUUCCCUGCUUAUUAGCAAAAAAUUAAUGGCAAAUGCGAGUUAUCACUGAUCUUACUGGUGAGUGGUGGUUUGAACAGCGUGUUGGAGAUGCAGGGAUUGUAGAGAUGUAAACACUAUGGUUUCCUGAUGAUAAGGUGACAUGCAGGCUGUAAGAUUGUGGUUUGCCUGCAUACAUGUCGCAAAUGGAUCGCGGCCUCGAAGCUUCUUGUAUAGCUAUCUGUAUGGAGCUAAAAUCAGUGUUUGGUUUUGGUGGUUUCAUUUCAAGUCAGCCAGAGAUUGGAUUAUAUCUCAUGUGAAGAAAGAGUAUAGGCAAAAAAAAAACGUCUUGAUGCUUUGUUAACAUACCAAAAACCAUGUCAAUCAUCAGUGCAAGAAUCGACCUCACUUUUAGACAUUUGGAUUGCAUGUUAUCAUUUUUCUUGUAGAAACAACUUCCACCAAGAAUAUUCCUUAUGCAUGAAGCCUAGACGUUGAUGGGUUGCUUAAAAUUUACCUAUAAUAUGAAAUCCAAAUCAGUACUUAGUUGGGUUAGUUGU